AAUAUCGAUAGCAUCGAUUUAUAUCGAUGGGGAAAGCCGUUUCCAUCUGGCAGCCCUGCCGACGGCCAUACUUGAAAAUACAUUUUUUUCUGCAAAGCUUGUCAUUGUCACUGUGUGAAUAGAAUCUGUGAUGCGUUGUGGAAUUAAAAACGUGCAUUACACGACCCGUAAUGGUUAAAGUGCCCGACGCGUCGGCGAUUGCAGUGCGAAUAACUAUGAAUUGAUACGAAAGUUGCAUAACACGUCGCCUGGUGUCGCGGUUAGUGUGUUUUUCGUCUCGUUUCGUUUCCGCCGCAGUCGCAAUUUCCAGAAAACCUCACCACACCACACCACCACCACCACGCAAACACACACACAAACAAACACGCAGAGACGCGGCGGCGGAAAAAGUGUGCGGACCGCGGAUAUAGCCCCUCGUUCCGAACCCAAAUUGGAGUCGCCCAAAAACAACGAAAUAUCGAGUGUGGCGUAGCCAAUGUGCUGUGCGAUCCCCGCUGCCCCCUCCGUACCGCCGCCACCCCCGCCACAGCAGCAACGCACACGGAUACGGACACGGACACCAAUACCAGCGCACUCAAGCACGGCCGACAAAGAAAGAGCGCUCUCUCUUCCUCUUUGUACAGUUAGUUCCUACAGCUGAAUCAGGCAAAAGGGAUUACUAGGUCCAUUCCGAGGCGCAGUUUGCAUGUGAAACGGAGGAGCCCGCACAUCCACACGGAACCCAAACCCCAGAUCCCCACCCCCAAGGCACGGAUACAGCAAACAUACAACCAUGAGUCUCCUGGCCACGCCAAUGCCCCAGGCGACCACCGCCUCAUCCUCUUCAUCCGCCUCCGCGGCCACCUCGUCCAGCGGGAUACCGCCCAGCGCCAACAACAACCUGCCGUUCGAGAAGGACAAGAUCUGGUACUUCAGCAACGAUCAGCUGGCCAACUCGCCCAGCAGACGCUGCGGCAUCAAGGGCGACGAUGAGCUGCAGUACCGCCAGAUGACCGCCUAUCUGAUCCAGGAGAUGGGUCAGCGUCUGCAGGUCUCACAGCUAUGCAUCAACACGGCCAUUGUGUACAUGCAUCGGUUCUACGCCUUCCACUCUUUUACCCACUUUCAUCGCAACUCCAUGGCGUCGGCGAGCCUUUUUCUAGCCGCCAAGGUGGAGGAGCAACCGCGGAAGCUGGAGCAUGUUAUUCGGGCCGCCAACAAGUGCCUGCCGCCGACCACCGAGCAGAAUUACGCCGAACUCGCCCAAGAGCUUGUGUUCAACGAGAACGUGCUCCUGCAGACGCUCGGCUUCGAUGUGGCCAUCGAUCAUCCGCACACGCAUGUAGUGCGCACCUGCCAGCUGGUCAAAGCAUGCAAGGAUCUGGCGCAGACAUCGUACUUCUUGGCCUCGAACAGCCUGCAUCUGACCUCGAUGUGCCUGCAAUACCGCCCUACGGUGGUAGCCUGCUUCUGCAUUUACCUAGCCUGCAAGUGGUCCCGAUGGGAGAUCCCCCAGUCGACUGAGGGCAAGCACUGGUUUUACUACGUGGACAAGACGGUCUCGCUGGAUUUGCUUAAGCAGCUGACAGAUGAGUUCAUCGCUAUCUAUGAGAAGAGCCCUGCCCGUCUGAAGUCUAAGCUUAACUCGAUCAAGGCGAUCGCCCAGGGAGCCAGCAAUCGAACAGCUAACAGCAAGGACAAGCCCAAGGAGGACUGGAAGAUCACCGAGAUGAUGAAGGGUUACCACUCAAACAUCACGACGCCACCAGAGCUGUUAAACGGCAACGACAGUCGGGAUCGGGAGCGAGAUCGUGAACGGGACAGGGAGCGGGAGCGGGAUCAGUCGUCACUACUGCCGCCACCAGCUAUGGUGCCGCAGCAAAGACGCCAGGAUGGCGGCCAUCAGCGCUCGUCCUCAGUGGGCGGAGUGCCAGGCAGCAGCUCCUCGUCGUCUUCCUCCAGUCACAAGAUGCCAAAUUACCCUGGUGGCAUGCCGCCCGACGUGCAUCCUGAUCACAAGUCAAAGCAGCCGGGCUAUAACAAUCGAAUGCCCUCAGGUCACCAGCGUAGUAGUGGCAGUGGACUCGGUUCCUCGGGAAGCGGCAGCCAGCGCAGCAGCUCAUCCUCGUCGUCUUCGAGCCAGCAGCCUGGACGACCGUCUAUGCCCGUGGACUACCACAAAUCCUCGCGCGGCAUGCCGCCGGUAGGCGUUAAUAUGCCACCUCACGGCAGCCACAAGAUGACUUCAGGCUCCAAGCCUCAGCAGCCGCAGCAGCAGCCACUGGUUCCUCAUCCAUCCGCCUCUAAUUCCUCUGCAUCGGGUAUGUCCUCCAAGGAUAAAUCCCAGAGCAGCAAAAUGUAUCCGAACGCUCCGCCGCCAUACAAUAAUAGUGCCCCUCCAAAUCCGCUGAUGUCGCGUGGUGGAUAUCCUGGCGCUAGCAAUGGAUCCCAGCCACCGCCUCCGGCCGGAUAUGGCGGGCAUCGCAGCAAAUCCGGCUCCACCGUCCAUGGCAUGCCGCCUUUCGAGCAGCAAAUGCCCUAUUCCCAGAGCCAGAGCUACGGCCACAUGCAGCAGCCAGUGCCUCAGGCUCAACAGCAACAGAUGCCUCCGGAGGCAUCUCAGCAAUCCUUGCAAUCCAAGAACUCGCUCUUUAGUCCCGAGUGGUCGGACAUAAAAAAGGAGCCUAUGUCGCAGUUGCAACCACAGCCUUUCAACGGUUUACUACCCCCUCCUGCGCCACCAGGCCAUGAUUACAAGCUGAAUAGUUAUCCGCGCGACAAAGAAAGUCCCAAGAAAGAGCGACUUACGCCCACCAAAAAGGAUAAGCACCGUCCGGUCAUGCCCCCCAUGGGCAGUGGAAGCAGUUCCUCCGGCUCGGGGUCAUCAAAGCCGAUGCUGCCGCCUCACAAGAAACAGAUGCCCCAUGGCGGGGACCUGUUACCCAAUCCUGGAGAGACCGGCAGCCUAAAACGGCCCAACGAGAUCUCGGGAAGUCAAUACGGACUUAAUAAGUUGGAUGAGAUGGAUAACAGUAAUAUGCCGCGCGAGAAGCUGCGCAAACUGGACACUUCAACUGGCCUACCAACUUAUCCGAGUUAUGAGGAGAAGCACACGCCUUUGAAUAUUUCCAAUGGGAUCGAGACUACGCCGGAUCUGGUGCGCAGUUUGCUGAAGGAGAGUCUGUGUCCAUCUAACGCUUCGCUCUUAAAACCGGAUGCCUUGACUAUGCCCGGUCUAAAACCUCCGGCCGAACUGCUUGAGCCCAUGCCCGCACCAGCGACAAUCAAGAAAGAACCGGGAAUAACUCCCUUGACCAGUUUGGCUGGUGGGCCCGCACCCAUGGAUCUGGAAGUACCCACCAAGCUGGCCGGAGAGAUUAAGGAAGAAGGCAGCAGCAAGUCCGAAAAGAAAAAGAAGAAGGACAAGCACAAGCACAAGGAGAAGGACAAGUCCAAGGACAAGACGGAGAAGGAGGAGCGUAAGAAGCACAAGAAGGACAAGCAGAAGGAUCGUACCAGCAGCGGUGGCAGCAAGGACAGUUCUCUAGCCAAUGAGCCUCUGAAGAUGGUGAUCAAGAAUCCCAACGGCAGCCUGCAGGCCGGUGCGUCAGCCCCCAUUAAGCUUAAGAUUAGCAAAAAUAAGGUUGAGCCCAAUAACUACUCCGCAGCGGCGGGUCUGCCGGGCGCAAUCGGAUAUGGGUUGCCUCCAACUACGGCUACCACCACGUCCGCUUCAACCGGAGGACCUGCUCCUGUUCUGCCUCCCUAUGGUGCCGGCGGUGGUGGCUACAGCUCCUCAGGCGGCAGCAGUUCCGGUGGCAGCAGCAAGAAAAAGCACAGCGAUCGCGACCGCGACAAGGAGAGCAAAAAGAGCAAGAGCCAAGACUACGCGAAAUACAAUGGAGCUGGUGGCGGCAUCUUUAAUCCCCUUGGCGGUGCUGGCGCCGCACCCAAUAUGUCUGGAGGAAUGGGCGCCCCAUUGGCCUCUGCUGUACCACCAUCCAUGCUGUUGGCGCCCACCGGCGCUGUACCUCCCUCGGCCGUAGGGCUUGCACCGCCUCCCAUGCCCGUCUACAACAAGAAGUAGUGGUAGCGGUCAGGGGUUACCAUUAAGUCGUAAUUUUUGAUAUAUGUAUAGAACCUCAGUAAGUCCCAUUGUAGGCCAGUUGUUAGGAUUGUUAGUGAGAUGCAUUAUUGAUUUUAGUUAAGCACAUUGCUAAAACUCCAAGUUGCGAGUGGAAUCGGAAGCGCAGAUAGAAGGAGAAUGGAGAUGGAGGUCGCGUGGAGGGGCUGGACGUGAAAGCAAAACUCAAAUCGCGAAAACUUUUGUACAGCAUUAAUUAAUUUAUAACUAUAAUAAAUAGCAUACAUAUACGCCCACAUACAUAAGAUUACGGAAUAGUUUUAAGUGAAUUGUUGGCAAUCGAAAUCCGCGACACAAGCAAAAUAUUCAUAGAGAACAGCAAUGGCCGUCUAGUGUUUAAGUUAGCAAAUCAAAUACCCGUAACACACACUCUAAGCUGUAUAUAGCCACUCACAAACACACACUCACACAAAUCAAGAGAUAUAUAGUACAGACUUCCGCUUAGCAAAUAUAUUAAAUACGGCCCCAACUAAAUGCAAGCCAGAGAGAGAGUAAGAACUUCAGAAUAAUCCCCACAGAGGAGCAAAUAGUUGUGGCUAGAGGAUAGGGGAGAAGAUGGAAAGCCAGCGCUUUGAUUCAAAAUUGAAGACGCCAAACUACAUAAUGAAUUAUUUAUCUAAUACAUAGUUGCUAAUCCGAAAAUGAAUGAAGAAGUUUAUUUUUAGUUAGCAAAGUUUUCCUUCCUUUCCGAACGAUUGUCCGAUUAACCGUGUUUCAAUUUAGUUUUCGACACCUAGCAAUAUAUACAGUAGUGUAUUUACCAUUUUCAAUGAAGAUAAGUAAAGAGAUCUGAUUGUUUCAGCGGAGGAUAUUAUGUUUCAAGAUCGCCUGGAACGUUGACGUAGCUUUCAUUUGUUUUUAAUUUAUUUUUUAAAUAGAAUUACGAAACAAAUUACCACAAAAAACCAAAACAAAAACAAAUAAAAACUCCCAAAACAAAAACGAAAUAUGCAAACAAAAAAGAAACCCAAAACUACAUUUUGGAUAAAACAAAAAUUGUUGUGCAAGAAAACAAAAAAGUUUUAAAAUUAUGUAAAUGCAAGCAAACUAAGCUAAACGAACGAAAAACUAACAGAAGGCUAAACGAAGAAAAACAAAAGUUAGGCAUAUGGAAAUCUAAGCAAGAUCUAUAUAUUCGGGCCGAAAAUGAGAAUGAAAUGAAAUUUUAUGUAAUUUUCGACUAAGGCAAAGGUUAAGCGAACGUUGCGCGUUUUUCAAAACUAUUCGUACUCGUAUAUUCGUAUUCGAAUUCUCUACUACUGCAUUAAGCUGCAAGCAUAUAUAGCUCUAAACACACCACACAUCCAUACACACACCAUCCCACACGGUCGAGAAACGUAUACUUUAAGUUGGGGAACCCGAGAAACCCGUUUUUGUAAUCGAUCGGUCGAAUGCGUAAUUUGCAUCUAAGAUUCAGAUUUCCCUUUACAUACUUAUUCUUGGCCCCUUAUACCACGCCCACGCCCACACCCACCUCACCCCACGCCCAUCCCCGCCCAUCGCCCCUCCUAACUUAAGUUUUUGUACAUACUUGGAAAGCAAAUGGAAAACCCGCCGCUCGGGUGGCGGGCAAGUGUCGGGUUUCAUUGGGAUUGUUUGGUUGUGCGUUCGAAUAUGAACUCACUCGUCACUUGCACACCCCACGAGGGCACGAAUAAAAAUCUUCAAAACCAGGCAAAAAUUCUGAACAAAAAACUAUAAAAAUGAAAAAAAUAAACAACAAAAAAAUCAGG